AUGACUCCGUUUUUCGUCGCCAUUUUCUUGCUGGCAACCGCCGACACCUUCACUCAGGCCUAUGAAUCGUCCGGUGAUGGUGAUACCGAAGAUUCGACCGAAGAUUCGUCCUAUGAUGAAUCGGUCUAUGAUUUGUCAAUGGAGUCAUGCAUGAAGCAGGACUUGGAAUAUCAAACUUUCAAACCACAGGAUAUUGAAGCUCGUUACAUGGCGGUCUACGGAACAAGGAUCUUCAUCAGCCUUGGAAAAUCUACAGGCAUUCCGGCGACUCUGUUCUCUUUCCCGACGAAUGGCGCGUUCUCUGCGUCCCCGAAUCUCACUCCAUUUCCUUCGUUGGUCAUGCAUAAAUUUGGAGAUUGCAAUAAAAUUGAAGAAGCAAGAGGGGUGCAAGUAGAUGCCGUUGGAAGGCUGUGGGUGCUCGAUUACGGUAGUGACGACUGCAAUGGCAAAAUAUGGACCAUUGACCUGUCCGAUAAUGAUCACACCGAACUAAUUCACCGAUUUGGUUCUCGCGACUGGAUACGUGACUUGGCGCUUGAUGAAACACCCAACGGAACCUUGGCCUACAUCUCCCAGUUUGGUGGACAACACAUUGUCGUGUAUAGUUUGGAAAGAAACCAAUCAUGGACUGUGCACACGCCAGGAAUCAAGGCCUAUUCCAUUGCCCUGUCCCCGAAGGAUGAAGAACCGAGACAGCUCUACCUUGGCCAAUUGAGCUCCACUGAACUGUUUUCAAUUUCCGUUGCCGAACUCCGCAACGGAAAUCGAACUUCAAAUCCGAAACUAAUCGGAAAUUGGACUGCAGAACCAUACAGAAUGCGGAUGGACAAUCACGGGACCAUGUAUGCCACCUUUCGGAGGAAGAAUUUCAUACAAUCUUGGAAAACUUCCCAGCCAUUUGAGGAGCAGCAUUUUCAUGAGGUCGCGGGACCGAAUAAUUGUGUUCCGUUUACUUUUGCCUUGGACCAUGAUGGAAUUCUUUUGAUAAUGCUGUUUGAUUAUUGUAAUAAGCCAAGGCUAUUGGAGGCUGCUGUGGGUGAAAAAUCCUUCAAGACUUCGCCAGAACAAUGUCAACUGUUCAACAUCAUUCUGAUCUGCUCCAACGUAUUUACCGUGAUCCUGUCGGGUUUGAUCAUUCUUUGGCUCAUCCUGAGACAGAGGAGGAACAACUCCAUUCCGCCAAACACCAACGAGGUCCAGGAAAUGCCCGUUAUCGCUGACAACCACGCCGAUGACGUCGGCCCCGCGGAAAGUGCCGCAGUACGAGGAAGAAGUCAUAUACGACCAGGUUGCUGACACGCCCCCUUCUCCUGGUCUCUACGAGCCACCGAUUUUUCUCAGCCCGCGAUCGGCGAGAAGAGGGAAAGCGAUGCGUGCGAGGCAGAGGGCUUUCGAGAAAUUUGGGGAGGCGCCUCGAGCUCCAGUCGAUCAGUACGACGACGUCGACCCUGCUGAACCGGAACCUUUGUACGAUAACGUUGCACCGGCAACUUCCAGGACACCAAGACUGCUUCCGAGUCUGCGCAAUACCUGAAAUUCCUGCCAUGAGCAUCAACGGCAUACUCGGUUCUUUGGAAAUAAAUUAU